AUGAAGUUCAAAGGGUUUGAUGAACUGUUGCUCAUAGAGAUAAUGAUUACGAUAACCAAAUUAUCAGAGGAAAAUUAUGGUUUGGUGAGGAGAAUCAUUGAACGUGCAGAUGAACACGAUCGACAAAAGAAUGGUAGGAAAAGACAUGCUGCUGGUAGAGCUAUAGACGCUCAAAGUGGUGAACACAGUCUGUCGCCAUCACGACUCCCCGCAAAUGCGCUCCCACAGAGCACAGCUGGUUCUUCGACCAAACCAUCUCGAUUUAGCCAACCUCCGUUUCCUCCCAUUAGCUCUCGACCGGACUUUUCGACUUUGUACAAUCAAACAGGCUCACCAACAGCUACUCAGAACCCCAAUAAUGCGUCUCCACCAGGAAGCGCGACUGUUCAUCAAAGCCUUGGAUCCCAAACCGUAUCGUCUCAGCGUUCUGUGGCUUCUCCCGGAAAACCUUCUCCACCUGGACACGCGACUGGUCAUCAAAACCCUGGAUCCCAAACUGCAUCGCCGCAGCGUUCGGUGGCUUUUCCCGCAAAACAUGUUGCGCCUGGAAACGCGACUGGUCUUCAAAGCCCUGGAUCCCAAACCGUAUCGCCGCAGCGUUCGGUGGCUUUUCCCGCAAAACAUGUUGCGCCUGGAAACGCGACUGGUGCUCAAAGCCCUGGAUCCCACCGCGUAUCUCCGCAGCGUUCGGUGACUUCGCCCGGAAACGUUUCUGUGACUGGAAAAGCACUUGAGUUCAAGAAAGCCAGUCUUGGAUCAACCUCCGAGCAGGCACCUACCGAACGAGCAGAUCCACCCAGACUUGCAGAUCAACCUCAGAACUCCAAUGUUGGACUCUCUAGAACGUAUGCUUCAAUUGCUGCUCCUGCAACUGUUCCUCCGCAAACUGCAGUCAACAACUAUGUUCCGUCGGACCAAAACCAACCCACAAGUGAUUUUUUCUUCUAG